ACUCACCGGUGUACGUAUAUUCGAGGUGCUUGCGUACAGUUCAAUGCUUAGGCGGUACAGGGAAAAAGUGUACGUGUACGCAUCGUAGAGGUGUACGUCACGUAGAGGUUCCCCCCUGUACUGUAGUCUACGGAGAAUUCCGGUACAGAAUUUUUUGUACUUAAGUGGGAGGUGUACGUAUCUUGGGAGUGUACGUACGAGGAGGUUUUACUGUAUAAGCACAGCUAAAAGAUUAAAAGUUUAUUUUCUGCCGCAAUGAAAGCAAUUUAUUUUUCUAAGAAAUAAUUGAUAAUUAAUUAUGCAAGCCCGUAUAAAUUUAAUUUUAAUAUGUGGUGCAGUUGCAGCUAGGUCAAUAGGCCGACGGACUCAUCACUGCUCUGACCAGUACGCACUUUUGUGCAGGGUAAAAAUCAACGCAACAACGCAACGCAAAAUCAACGCAACGGUUCGCGCACUGCAGGCUUUGAAGGUAUCAAUAUCAGCGAGCAGUCAAGAUGCAGGGUGACCAACACCAUCACCAGCUGUAAUCCACACUCAGGAAGCUACUGAAACAGCAGUUUACAAUGAUCGAACUAUUACUUUUGUGACUGUUGUUAUUAUAAUCAGCAUAACAUUACGUCGCACCAGAAAGCCUCCAUGAUAAUGUUUGUCGUUGGUCGUACGAUCCCAUCUGUGGAAACAAUAGGUAAACCGCGCGGUCAAUGAGAUCGUUUAUUGACUUGUCAGCCUGAACACACACAUAAACUCACACGGAAUCCGUUAUGUUGACCAAGGUCAGAGCUCGAGUGAGCUUGCGUAAUAAUCAAAUCACAUAUGCAAACGGCGAAGAAUUAUGCGCUAACAAAGUGGCUCAAGUAUGUCCUUGCCAGCCGCCAAUCGACAAUGCUCACAACGCCACUGAUGCAGUUCAUUUUUUCAUUCAAUUAAGUGCAACUGAUUUUUAUUUCUCUCGAUCGCAGUAAUUAUUUACAUCUGCCGGAAUUGUAAUGGCUGAGACGUCCAUGAUUGACCUUUCUUUAAAUUUGCAUUUAGUAAUGUGACUACUAGCAGAAACAAAUUUCAUCGCUUCGAUCUGCUAUCCAGCUUACCAAUAGAAGACUUUGUUUUUCGUUAUCACCAAAAAAUGACCGCAAGUGCAAUGCCGGACAAUGAUACUACAACGUCUACACCGCUUCCAGUGCAACCUCCAGAAUCCACUGUCUAUGUAUUUUAUGCACCUUUCCUGGAAUUUGGCUUCAGUCCCACGGUUGUAUUGCAGCAAUUCACGUUGCACACAGUAGCGCAAUUUUACGGAGCGCUGGGAGCUGUUGCCGGCAUUGCAUUUUUAUUCCAGUUGAUCAGUGCAUUCAAAGAUAGGUUGCAUACUCGCUAUAUGCAAAUUCAGCGGCUACGCACCGCUACCGAUGUAGAUUCCGGAGAAGAUGAAGAUAACUGUGACGGGUGCGUAGCAAGAUGCCGGUGUUCCUGCAUGUUAUUCCUGUUUUUGACGGGACUCCAUUUAGCCCAAACAGUAUGCGGAUUUUUCAUCAUUCUUAUAGCAGCCUCUUUCAAUGGUUGGUUAAUUGGCGCCAUGAUUGGAGGAUCUGCUUUAGGAUAUUUAAUGGGAAUGUGGAAAUGCUGCUGCGAUCACGUAAUGAUGGAUCUGAAGGUCCCUUAAAUAGGUGGAUGUCGACAAUAUUUAUUUUAGUGUGUGUGGUGUAUGCACGGGUAGUUGGGGUACCUAAUCUGUGGCAGCGUAGGGCUCAGCCAGUUCUAGCAUGGUCCUUAUUACGAGCAGUUUGUUUUAGCUUUAAUCUAUUUGCACGCACUAAAGCUUUCACCAUGCAACGUCGCAAGUUUAUAUAAUUAAAAACAUUUCACACUCAGAGGAAAACAUAAAUAAAGAAAUCCUUGUUAUAUUUUGGUUGUCAGUACACUGUAUUUGUUUAUUUGUUACCGAAAACCUGCUAAAAAGCAAUCCUAUGUCCUGGGAAUUCAAAUAAAGACCCCGUUUUAGACGGUACUUCCGUAUCGUGCAAUACAAUCCGCCAUCGGUAUUAGAUAGGUCACUAGCAAGAGUACAGCAACACUCCAUCCGGCUGGUAAGGUACGGUACGAAGAUGAGGAUUGGUUUUUUUGUGUGUUGGGACUGACAUCCGUGGCAACGGUACGUAGGAUAUCGGCAUGAUUGCAGAGCGUCGAAUUGCAAGUGCAUGAGCUGCCUUCAAACAAAACCGUGCUGUUUCCCACAUCGUUUUGCUUAGGAGAUUUCUCUGCGGAAAUUGCGAGCAAGCUGCAGCCAUCUGCAGGAUGAUGGACUCCGUCGAUUGUUAUGUCGUGAUGAUGUAUUGUCACUGAAACAUGGCCCGCGUGCC